AUGGCUGUCACGGUUCCAUACCUACCCUCCUACCACCUACCCUCCAACCCACCUACCCUCCGAGCCUCCAACCCACCUAGCCCCCUACCCACCUACCCACUUACCAUUCUACCCCAUACCCACCUCCCCACUACCCGCCUACCCUCCUACCCACCUACCCACUUACCAUCCUACCCCCUACCCACCCUACCCCCAUACCCUCCUACCCACCUACCCACUUACCAUCUUACCCCUACCCACCUCCCCCUACCCACCUACCCUCCUACCCACCUACCCCCAUACCCUCCUACCCACCUACCCACUUUCCAUCCUACCCCCUACCCACCUACCCCCAUACCCUCCUACCCACCUACCCACUUACCAUCCUGCCCACCUACCCUCCUACCUCCAUACCCUCCUACCCACCUAUCCACUUACCAUCCUACCCCUACCCAUGUCCCCCUACCCACCUACCCUCCUACCCACCUACCCUCCUACCCACCUACCCUCAUACCCUCCUACCCACCUACCCACUUACCAUCCUACCCCUACCCACCUCCCCCUACCCACCUACCCCCAUACCCUCCUACCCACUUACCAUCCUACCCCCUACCCAUCUCCCCCUACCCACCUACCCCCAUACCCCUCCUACCCAUCUACCCACUUACCAUCCUAACCCCUACCCACCUCCCCCUACCCACCUACCCUCCUGCCCACCUACCCCCAUACCCUCCUACCCACCUACCCCCAUACCCUCCUACCCACCUACCCACUUACCAUCCUACCCCCUCGCACCUCCCCCUACCCACCUACCCUCCUACCCACCUACCCCCAUACCCUCCUACCCACCUACCCACUUACCAUCCUAACCCCUACCCACCUCCCCCUACCCCCUACCCACCUACCCCCAUACCCUCCUACCCACCUACCCACUUACCAUCCUACCCCCUACCCACCUCCCCCUACCCACCUACCCUCCUGCCUACCUGCCCCCAUGCCCUCCUACCCACCUACCCACAUUCCAUCCUACCCCCUACCCACCUACCCCCAUACCCUCCUACCCACCUGCCACUUACCAUCCUACCCACCUACCCUCCCACCCACCUACCCACCUACCCACCUACCCACCUACCCACCUACCAUCCUACCCCUACCCACCUCCCCCUACCCACCUACCCACCUACCCCCAUACCCUCCUACCCACUUACCAUCCUACCCCUACCCAUCUCCCCCAUACCGACCUACCCUCCUACCUACCUACCCCCAUACCCUCCUACCCACCUACCCACUUUCCAUCCUACCCCCUACCCACCUACCCCCAUACCCUCCUACCCACCUACCCACUUACCAUCCUACCCACCUACCCUCCCACCCACCUACCCACCUACCCACCUACCCUCCUACCCACCUACCCACUUACCAUCCUGCCCCCUACCCACCUCCCCCUACCCACCUACCCACCUACCCCCAUACCCUCCUACCCACUUACCAUCCUACCCCUACCCAUCUCCCCUACCCACCUACCCCCAUACCCUCCUACCCAUCUACCCACUUACCAUCCUAACCCCUACCCACCUCCCCCUACCCACCUACCCUCCUACCCACCUACCCCCAUACCCUCCUACCCACCUACCCACUUACCAUCCUACCCCCUAUGCACCUCCCCCUACCCACCUACCCUCCUACCCACCUACCCCCCAUACCCUCCUACCCACCUACCCACUUACCAUCCUAACCCCUACCCACCUCCCCCCUACCCCCUACCCACCUACCCCCAUACCCUCCUACCCACCUACCCACUUACCAUCCUACCCACCUACCCUCCCACCCACCUACCCACCUACCCUCCUACCCACCUACCCACUUACCAUCCUACCCCCUACCCACCUCCCCCUACCCACCUACCCACCUACCCCCAUACCCUCCUACCCACUUACCAUCCUACCCCCUACCCAUCUCCCCCCUACCCACCUACCCUCCUACCCACCUACCCUCAUACCUUCCUACCCACCUACCCACUUACCAUCCUACCCCCUACCUACCUCCCCCUACCCACCUACCCCCAUACCCUCCUACCCAUCUACCCACUUACCAUGCUAA